GCGAGUGUACACGUAAACACACGUUCAUGUGUGGCCUGUGUAUACGGAUGUGUGUGUGUUGCAUGUAUUUGUGUGUGUUUGCGACUGCGGGCGGGUGUGUAGAUACAGGCAUGUUGGCUUGUAGUGUCAGGCUCUCAGUUCUCAAGUCCUCAGACAACUAUUAACACUAGAGCCUCUUUUUAUUUAUUUUUUAAAUAAAACAAUAACAAAUGUAAAUACAUAGCUCUUCAUGAUUUCAUAACAAGUCUUCAAUGUCUGUGAUCAGGGUGAUGUUAUAUCAUACAGUCAGACAUACACUCUCACUCAGUCUGAUUUUUAUAUUGUCUCCAGAUGUUCUACACGUACAUAUUUAUUUCAUUUUUCAAUUUUUUUUAAUUUGUUUACGUUGCAUUAUUGUUGAAGUAGUGCAAUUGCAAAAGCUUACUUUGUCUGUUCUGAUUGGUCAAUGUUUAUCAUAUUGCCGACCGAUUCCGAUGAUAUGAUUGGGUACUACGCGCUACACGAAAUACACAAAUUUAAGCCGGUGACCUGCUGAGGGUUUCUGACAGGCGGCAAACUGGUCAUGAAAUAUGUACAUGCGUUACCUUUUACUGUACAAACAGCUUCUGCGGCAUGUGUAAACCGCAGUAGGAGGGAUAUAAGCGUACGCGACUUCGAUAUACACUCCAUAACAUAUACUAAAAGGGUUUGGGAACUGUCUAUGUAGUUGAGUAAGCCACUCUAUAUAUACAAUUCGACUCUUUAUUACAUACAUUAUGAAUCCACGAAUCUUUAAGCUUGCCACUAUUUUGGCACUUUGUGUCAUGGCGCUGAGUCUGGUGACCACGCCUGUGCAAGCAAACAUAAUUUUCACAAAGGAGGAUGAGGGCUAUAUCAAUGCUCUCAAGGAAGAGACCAAAAGCUAUAUUCAUGGGGCGCAAUCGCGCAUCAAGGCAGCAGAGUCGAAGAUCCGCGACUUCUUGUCCAGUGCUGGGAGCAGUGCGAGCCAAACUGCCGGUGCAGUUCUACCAGAUACUGACACUUUGCAGUACCAUACCGAUAAAUUUCUACUAGACGCCUGGGCCACCCAGAAACAAGUGGAAAAGGAUGUCAAUGCGAAGCUCUCCAGUGCGGGACAAAGCAUCAGUGAUACAGCCGGUGAUAUCGCGCCGGAUACCGAGGCGUGGAAGGCCGAGGCACAGAGCUAUUGGGAGAAGGCUCGUGAAAGGAUGCACGCCGUAGAAGCUGAACUACAGGGGUACAUCACUAGCACAGGCAAGUAUGUGGCGAACAAGGGCAGCGAUGCGGCCAGUAGUGUGGGCGAUGGGUUGGACGUGCUUAAGGAGGAAGCUAUGAAGCGCGGUGAGGUGUUGAGAAUUGCGGCUAUGGCCAAUCUGGCCGCAGCAGGUGACUAUGCCGGUAAGAAAGUGGGAGAGGCCGGUGAGUAUGCAAGUAUCAAAGGUCAAGAAGUCGCCAAUGCCGCGUAUGAGCAAGGGGGUGUGGUGAAAGAUGCCGUUAUUUCGCAAGCAGCCGAUGCUGGCGAGUAUGUUGGCGAGAAGGCAAGUGUUGCUGGAGAUGCAGCGUACGAGCAAGGUGUCAAGGCCAAGGAUGCGGCGAUGGAGAACGCACAGUCUGCUGGGGAGUAUGCGAGUGAGAAGGCCAAGGAAGCUGCUAACGCCGCCUACGAACAAGGUGGUGUUCUGAAGGACGCUGUUGUUUCACAAGCUGCGGAUGCUAGCGACUACCUUGCUGAGCAGGCAAGCGUUGCUGGAGACACCGCAUACGAGCAGGGCAUCAAAGCCAAAGACGCAGCAGUGGAGAAUGCACAGGCUGCCGGUGAAUAUGCGAGUGAGAAGUCGAAGGAAGCUGCCAGUGCAGCCUACGUGAAAGGUGAAGAGCUCUCAGCUGAGGCGAUGGCUCAAGCUCAGGUGGCCAAGGAUGCCGCUGCCGCGAAUGCCGCUGCUGGUGGUGAGUAUGUUGGUCAGAAAGCAAAAGAACUGAAGAAUGCUGCGUAUGUGAAGGGACAGGAGGCUUCUCAAGAGGCUUUAGUUCAGGGCGAGGCAGCUAAGAAUGCAGCAGCUGCUGGUACAGCUGAUGCUGCAGAUUACGUGAGUCAAAAAGCUAAGGAGGGUGCGGAGGCCGUAGUCCAGAAGGUCUCCGAGCUCAGCGGAGAAGCUCUAGUACAAGCUGAUAAGGUUGCAACCUUAGCGAGCCAGAAAGCCAAUGAGGCUGCCGCGGCUGCGCAGGAGCAGGCGAAGGCGGCUAUCCAAAAAGCUUCGGAGUUAACUGGUGAGGCAAAGGUGCAGGCUGAGAAUGCUGUCACACAAGCCAGUCAGAAAGCUUCCGAGUUGAAUCAGGAAGCUCUAGUACAAGCAAAUAAGGCUGCUACUCUAGCGAGCCAGAAGGCCAACGAGGCGGCUACGGCAGCGCAGGAGCAAGCGCAGGCUGCAGUCCAGAAAGCUUCUGAGCUGACCGGUGAGGCUAAGGUGGAGGCUGAGAAGGCUGCCACCCAAGCUAGUCAGAAAGCGUCCGAAUUGGCACAAGAAGCGAAGGUACAAGCAGAUAAGGCCGCUACCCUAGCAAGCCAGAAGGCCAACGAUGCUGCUACAGCUGCGCAGGAGCAGGCGCAGGCUGCAGUCCAGAAAGCUUCUGAGCUGACCGGUGAGGCUAAGGUGGAGGCUGAGAAAGCUGCCACACAAGCAAGUCAGAAAGCGUCUGAGUUGACUCAAGAAGCUCUGGUACAAGCAAAUAAGGCUGUUACUCUAGCGAGCCAGAAGGCCAACGAGGCGGCUACGGCAGCGCAGGAGCAAGCGCAGGCUGCGGUUCAGAAGGCAUCUGAGCUUACUGGUGAGGCUAAGGUGGAGGCCGAGAAAGCUGCCACACAAGCUAGUCAGAAAGCCUAUGAGCUUGCUGAAGAAGCUAAAGUACAAUCAGUGAAGGCUGCUACGGCCGCGCAGGAUCAAGCGCAGGCUGCUGUUCAGAAGGCUUCGGAGCUGACUGGUGAGGCCAAGGUGGAGGCCGAGAAAGCUGCCACACAAGCUAGCAAGAAAGCCUCUGACCUGGCUGAAGAAGCUAAAGUACAAUCAGUGAAGGCGGCUACUGCCGCGCAGGAGCAAGCGCAGGCUGCGGUUCAGAAGGCUUCUGAGCUGACUAGUGAGGCUAAGGUGGAGGCCGAGAAAGCUGCCACCCAAGCGAGUCAGAGAGCUUCUAAGUUGGCCGAGGAAGCUAAGGUGCAAACGGAGAAGGCUGCUGCUGCUGCACAGAAAGAGGCGCAGGCUGCGACUCAGAAAGCCUCUGAGCUGACUGGUGAGGCUAAGUUGGAGGCCGAGAAGGCUGCCGCGCAAGCUGAUCAGAAAGCUACCGAACUGACCGAAGAAGCUAAGUCUCAAGCGGAGAAAGCCGGCACACUAGCAAACAAGAAAAUUGGUGAAGCUGCGAGCAUGGCACAGGCGAAUGCUGCCGAUGCGGGGGAGUAUAUCAAUGGGCAGGCAAGAAAUGCGGCGGAUGUAACAUACCAGGCGGGCGAAGAAGUGGCUGCUGAGGCCAAUGCACAAGGCCAGAAGGCUCAGGCACAAGCUGGUGGUGCCGUUGCUAAUCUGAAGGCAAAGACUAUGAAGCUCAUCAAUGAUGCGUGGAAUAAGGAACAGGCCAUUCAAACCGCUCUGCAGGCAUCGCUACUGAGCGCGGGUGAAGCGCUCCGUAAAUCAAUUGUCAGUAGUGCGCCGAAAACAGAUAAACUCCGAGCAGACGUUGAGUACGCAAAGGAACAGGGCAAGGCAACCGCACAGGAUGCGAAUGACAAGGUACGUAACGCAGCCGAUAGCGCCAAUGAAAGUGUGCGCGUUGCAGCUAACACUGCUAAGGAGGGUGUAGAUGAUCUAGCUCAGCAAGGGCAGGCGGCUGGCAAGCAAGCGCGAAAUAGCGCUAAGGCUGCCAAGGACUCGGUAGCAAACACAGCUCAGAAUGCCAAAGACUCGGCAGCAAACACAGCUCAGAGCGCCAAAGAUUCAGCAGCAAACGCAGCUCAGAGCGCCAAAGAUUCAGCAGCAAACACAGCUCAAAAUGCCAAAGAUUCAGCAGACAACGCGGCCGAUAAAGCGUCCCAGAAAGUACCAAGCUCUAGCAACCUGCGCGCGGAAACGGAGAAGCUGAACAACGAGGCGUGGAAGAAGAAAGAAGGUGCCAAGGAUGAAUUCGCCAAGAUGCAAGCCGCCAGUGGUAAGCUCACGGAUGUAGAUUCGAUGAAGGAGUUCUUAUUUCCCAACGCUGGUAGGACUGUGUACUCUGUGCGCACAACAGAUGCGAACGGAGAGACUUCAAACGAGUGGACGGCCAAAGAGAUAUCCGAGUACAGGUUUAAGAACAGAAACGAUCCAUCCGUGGACGAGAACCUCCUUUUGAAGAACAAGGAGGGAAAAUACGUGUCUGUAUCCGAUGGUUUGGACUCAGAUGAUUUGUUGUACUUCCUGGCAUCAUACGCACAGAACACCAUGGACGAUACCAGUGACGAAGAAGGAGGAGACGCCGGCGUUGUCGACCUGUUCAACCGAGGACUUCAAGCUGUUGUUGAUAGCGAUCCCAUCGAUGCCGAUGUAUACUAUGAUGUUCACUGCAUCCGUGCUUGCCAACGCACCCUGACGAAGUUAAAUCUUGGUCAAGGCAAACUCAAGGAUUACUCAGUCGCCGCUGUUGGUUCCCCCGAAGUUGACCGCCAGAAGGCACUUAAAGCCUGGUCAGACAAGGAUACUUUGCGCCGCAUGUACAUCUCAUUCGAGCCCCACGCUCAGGACAAGAUGAAUAACCGCGUUCCUGCUAACCCAGUAUACGAGGUUGUGUUCAGGGUUCGUGAGUAUACCCGACCGGAUGUUCUCUUGAUGUGGGCUGUUGAUGAGAAGCGCGAGCGUGUUGCGGAUGUAACCGAGUUGCUCAAGCAGAAGAGCAGUGUGCUGGAUGCGGUAUCACCGGUUGCCUGGUAUGAAUCCACAGAGAGCGUGGUUAGUUUUUACUUCGCUAUGGCCAAGGUAGGGCUGGCUCAGAUCUACCAUGAACCCACCAUCAUCUGGAACACGUUCACGCACAUCUUCUCGGGGCUGGUACCUGGGUCUGAGAGACAUGAGCUGUAAAUUAUAUGAAUAUUUAUACAAAAAGUGAGCCGGCUCGACUUGUAUAUAUAUCCGAACACAUGAAAAGAUCUCAAUAAAUAUUAGUACAAACAUGCA